GUUGCCGUCCAUGCUUUCCACAGAAACAGAGUCUAAAGUAUUUUGUGGAAAAGAAAACCUCGUAAUAUUUAUGCGCUUUUAAUCAGCGACGUUUAUUGUUUUAGUAUACAAGCGACAUUGAAUGUUAAUAUAACGUUUGCACACAGCAGGGCAGCGGAGCCGGUUUAGUUUUCCAACAUGGUGAAGAUCAGGAAGUGACCGAGGGUCGCUAAUUUAAGUUAAUUUGACAUUCAUCAUGUUAUUCGAAAAAAGGAUGAAAAUAACUCUCCGAAGAAUUAUUCUUUACAUAUUAGGUUUUCAUAUUGUCUUGUCGUAUGGAUGUAGCCCAAGUGAAUAUCAGUCAGCAGGUGGACUGUGUUGUCCCAUGUGUUCUAUAGGCCAGGUGGUCUAUAGAGACUGCAUUGGUGAUUCUAGUACCACAUGCAGACCUUGCUACAGUGGAACAUUCAUGAAUCAACCCAAUAGUUUUAACAAGUGCUUUCAGUGUAAAACCUGUGGUAAAGAAAAAGGCCUUUGCGAUCUACACAAUUGUACCACAAUGAAUAAUACAGUGUGUGGGGUCCUGGAUGGAUAUUACUGCAAAGAUAGAAAGGAAAACAAAGAAUGCACAUUUGCCUUGAAGCACAGACAGUGUGAACCAGGAGAGGGAAUUAAAGUUCCAGGAACUAAAGACAGGGACACUGAGUGUGAGGAGUGUCCCCAUGGGUUUUAUUCUCCUCUGGGUAUAAACUGCACUAAAUGGACUGACUGUUCUGUCAAAGAUCAGGUCAAAGACACAGAAGGCAGUUCUGUAAAGGAUGUUCAGUGCAAAGUGAAAACCAGACAGAGACACGGCCUCAUAGCAGCAGCAGCAGCAGUUUUUCUAGCUUUAUGCACAGCAGUUUUAUAUUGUGUUAAUAACAAGCGUUCUGCAGUUAACAACAUAGCCAAUAACACAGGUGGUAACAAUACAACAUUAAAAAGUCCUAUAGAAUAAACAGCACCAGGUUCAUUAAAUUCACCAGAAGAAAACAGGGAAGAAGAUUUCACCUAGCUCUACUGUGGACUGCCGAAGAGGUCAUUUAUUCACACUUCACUUGUGGUAUGGAGUGAAAAAAUCUCCAGAAUUUGUCAUGAUAUAUGGAGUCUCUCACCCCGCAUUGGCUAGGAAUAGGGCUGGGUGAUAAAACAAUAAUGAGAAAUAUCAUAACUUUCCUCGAUAGAACUAUAAGAAAAGUUUGAUACAUUUUCUAUAUAGACCAUUAUCACACUACCACGUUCUAGGAACAGCUGUGGUGCCGUUUUCUACUGCAUGGAAAGCGACACUACUUGGCUGUUGUCGGGAAAAGGUGCACUUCCGAGUUUUUCGACAUGAUUAGAGAGGGAGGGGGUGACGAGUGAAAAAGAGUUGCCAAAUACACUUUAGUAGUGUCUGAAAUGUGGAGUUAUACAUUCCCUGUUUGAGUGGAGUGACCAGCAAUUUGUUCUCUUGUCUUGUGACCAAGUGUGAGUGAUGAAAUAAUUGGUGUAAUUGUACUGUCCUACAGUGAACUCACCUCUUUCUGUACAUCCUAACAAGCUUUAGCAGCGUUAAAUGACAUCUGCUCAUCAAAAUUAAAGUGCUGUUACAGCACUCAGUCAUAUAAAUGAAAAGAACUUAACUGUCAGGUAAAACGAAAUGAAUGAAAAUAACUAAGGAAACAGUGAGAGAGCUAUCUUUUCAGGCUAGCUGUUUUUAGCAGCUGGAUAGCUUGAAGCAGUGCUCCAUCACUCACACAGCACAGCAAAUUGAUGAUACUGUAGAUCAGACAAGAAACAAAUGCAACAAUUUCAGAUUAAAUGUACAUAAAAAGGAGGACUCUGUUUGUCUGGUGUCAUAAAUUGCGGUUCACCCCUCAAAUUCCUAUGGAGAAAUCCAGAUGUCUGCUAGCUGGUGUUUGAAUACAGGGAUAAGGUAGGAGUGAUGGCAGUAAGUCAAUGUUGCUGACGGUGAGAAACUAAACAGUUUAGCACUGUUGUUGGCCCCUUGUUUAGCAUUUGUAACGGGAUAGCCUAGCAGUCAUCACCAAACAGCUAAUUCUGGGCAUAACCAGAAUUUUUCAGCAGACUAAAAUGACAAAAUACUUUUCUGUACCAUUUUAAUAGUAUUAAUAGUAUUAUAAAUUUAAAUAUAAAUAUUGAAUUAAAUAUAAAUAUUUAAUAGUAUUAUAAACUUAAAUAUCUCAUCAAUCAUUGUCGAGCGUUCCAUAAUCUAGGCUGACUGAACCUUCAUCAUUGCUUCCAAACGACAACACCAGUUUUACUAUGUAGAGUUGCAUGAAAAAGCAUUAAUACUGCUUAAAUGUGAAAAACAUUUAAAGUACACUAAUGGGAGAGGGUCUGAGGGCACCACUGCCGCUCUAUAUAUCUCUGCACCAGCUACAGCAAAAUAACACGUCGCUAUUGCCUAUUAAAAGCAAUACUUUUUGUAUAAAGCAACUACUUCUUGCUAAAAAAUCUUCUAAGAUAUUUUUAUGCAUUCUAUUUUUAAGUCUGUUUUUUUACAUAUUACAAUAAAGCCUUAAAUACAAACUUCAUAUUACACAUAAAACUAUUUUUAUAUCAAUUGUAUUUUUGAUUUUGAAAAGUUGUUUUUGUUUUUUUUUUUGUUUUAACUGUGUGUGUGUGUGUGUGUGUGUGUGUGUGUGUGUGUGUGUGUAAAUAUAUACAUACAAAAGUCCCGGAACACCCUAAUUUCUCUCCUGCUAGAUGUGCUCCAGUCAACUGUAAGUGCUAUUAUUGUGAAAUGGAAAGGUGUAGGUGUAAUGUGGAGGUGUCACAAUACUUUUGUCUUUAUAGUGUGUGUGUGUCUGUGUGUCUGUGUGUCUGUGUGUCUGUGUGUCUGUGUGUGUGUGUAAUAUACAUUGGGGUAGUUACACUAGCAGAAACAGUGGAUUAACCAGUGCAGACCAGAUCCUGAGAUGACAUGGUGUCAGUGUUGUGUAACACUAAUGUAUAAUACAAGCCACUUCAUUCUCUCCAGUCUUAAAGAAGUUAUCUUAAAAUGUGAAUAUCCUUUUAUAUAUAGAUUAGAUUAGAUUAAGUGACCCUUAUCAGUCCCACAAUGGGGAAAUUUCACCUCCGCAUUUAACCCAUCCGUGAAGUGAAACACCACAUACACACUAGGGGGCAGUGAGCACACUUGCCCAGAGCGGUGUGGAAGUUAUGCCUUGCUGAGGGGUUUUAAGGGUGAAGUGUGUUACCUAAGCAUAACUUUAAUAAUAAUUUAUGACUCAAUAAUAGCUCAUCUGAGGAACAAUUAUAUUCAUUGAAAGAACAUGGUUAAGGAUUUCAACUUUGAAAUAAUCUUGGCAUCUUAUGAAAUUGUCUCUAACCAAGGAUGUUUUUGUAAUACUUCUGUCUGUUUAGCUCUUGAAUAAUCACUGUACAGGCUGUAUCUCUUUAUAUGUUUGUGUAGUGUUGUUGUAUAUUCUUAUUUUCAUCUUGUUUUAAGAUGAAUAUUUCAAUAAUUGGCUUGUUUCUA